CUUGUCACCAUCUCUCACUCUCACUCUCACUAUCUCGAAGCAUGGUGUUUGUUGAGGCCAAAACCCUCCUUCUUGUACAGGUCUCAGUGGUAUUAUUGAGCUGCUUAAAUGUCUCUGGUGAUGAGCUUGACACAGUGAGUUUGGCACAGUCACCUCUUCAUCAUGCUCCGAGUUACCCUCCGGUUGAAUCCCCUAAACACCCUAAGGGUCAUCAUCCGGGUCACCACCACCACAAGGCUCACCCACCGAGUCAGCCUCCCACUCAUCCACCGACUCAUUCACCGGUUCACACCCCAAUGACCCCUCCAACUCACCACCAUCACCACAAGGGUCACCCACCGAGUCAGCCUCCCACUCACCCACCGACUCAGUCUCCAUCUCACCCUCCAAUGACCCAUCCCCGUCAUCCACCGGUUCACACUCCAAUCAGCCCUCCGAGUCACCCACCGACUCAUCAUUUACCUACUAGGAAUUUAAUGGCUGUGCAAGGCGUUGUUUAUUGCAAGCCGUGCAAGUACACUGGGGUUGAAACCCUUUUGGGAGCUUCACCACUUCUUGGUGCUGUUGUAAAACUACAGUGCAAUAACACAAAGUACCCACUAGUCCAAGAAGCUAAAACAGACAAGAAUGGUUACUUUAUGUUGUCACCGAAGAAGGUAACCACCUAUGCGUUCCACAAGUGCAAGGUCUUCAUAGUCUCAUCACCAAUGGCUACAUGCAACAAGCCAACAAACCUUCAUGGUGGACUGAACGGUGCCGUUUUGAUGCCCCAUAAGCAACCACCUCCCCCACCCACACAGCCACUCCCAUUUCAACUCUUCUCGGUUGGGCCUUUUGCCUUCGAAUCCUCAGGCAAAACCAAAUGUACACCUUGAUAUGUGUGUGUUCAUGCACUUUUAAUGGUUUUGUAAGUGUAUUUUCCAUCAUGUUAAUGGAGUAACUAGGUAUGACGGGUUUGUGAGUACUUUGUACUGUGUGUUGGAGUGAUAUAUAUAUAUAUAUAUCUAUGGCUAUAGAGGUUGAUAAGGAAUAAAUUUGAAUUUGCUUGUGAAUUA